AUGGCGCCCGGAUUGCAGCGAGCAUUGUCCUCCACACUCCUUUUGGGUGCAAUCCUGCAAUGCGCCGCGACCGACGCGGGCGAACCGGCGGUUCAGCUGGAGGCCACAAUGACAAUUCCGAAGGACGGACUAGAGGCUCAUGAGCAGAAAGUCGUUUGGCUCGGACCGUUAAAAGCCCUGCGUGUGGUCGAUUCGAGCAAUGCCGCCGUGUUUAUGCCGCAGUCGAUUGACGAACCUUUGAUUGAGCCUUCGUCCGAGCAUAUGAAUGCCAUCGCAUACGCGUUUGAGAACGGUGCGUGCGAUUUCGGUAAAACCGUAAAGUACCAGGAGUUGUUUCCUGCGUACGAGAAGCCGCUGUGGGUUCGCACCACGCCUGCGAAGUCUGGAGCCAUCGAAGGGGAGUCGCCUGCACCGGUCGCCAACUACACGUUCACAAGCCCUCCUGCUGAGGUACUGAGCGGGGUUUCUAGUUUUUGUGUGAGGUUUAGGGUGAAAUCUGGUGACCAAGGAGAGACCGAGUCUGAUAAGGGAACGCCUCCCGCAGAAUCUGUGGAGGAAAACGCGCAAGGGGUUGACCAGGGUGGCGUCGGCGGCCUUGCUGGUGCGCCGGCUCGGAAAGAUGAACCAGAGAAGCAGCAGGAGGACGCCUUUAAAAACCCUGUGCUGAAUGGUCCCGAAUCUAAGAGGCCUAAGAAGGUGGACGCAGUCAAUCCCAAGCCUCAGCUCCUGCCAUCUCCUGCUCCUCCUCAGCAAGCAGGUGAGGAACCCGACCACACUGUUGAAGGCGGCGCCGUUGGUAACGGCCUGGUCGACGCACAGGCUUCAAGCGCCCUGGCAACUAAAGACAACGAACAAGCGCAAGCCGUUGCGGGAUCUCAUGAGACAGUCCAGAGCGGGCAAGAAACUCCCAAGCAAAACCCGCAAGAAGACGCAGACCAAUUGAGCAGCGGAAAGGACGGCGGGAAGCAAGCGCGCCUUCGAAGACUUUCAGCGCCCGCGGUGUCACAGGAUAAAUAUCUCACUAUCAUCGUGCACUCCGCUGCAUGGGGCACAGUAUCAAGAGUGGCCGCCACAUCAGCGGCUGUUAUGGCUGCUGCCGCGUCCCUGCUUCCGGUGUUCUAG